CUUAAAGGAGGCGCAGUCAUAACAGUAUAAAUAGCUUAAAUAGGGCUUGUUGUUGAACAGUCUUUUUUCAAAUUUUGCUUUCACUCCGCCAAAAACCGCUUAAACGCGAAUACAUCAAGUGAAUAUUGGAUACUAUUGGAUUUGAUAAAUAAAUUUGUGUAUUUUAAAAGAAAAAAGAAAUAAAAAUCCUAAAAGGAAAAGAUAAUUUAAAUAAAGUAUAAAAAAAAGAAAAUAUAAAUAAAGAAAUAAAAUGAAAGUGUUUUUGUUUACUGUAAGUGUUUGUACGAUACUCGUAACCGGUACGGCAAAACCUCAGCCACAACCACAACAUCGUUCCAAUAAUGUCAACAUUAUUCCAAAUGACGAAAAGGCCGAUCAUCAAUUGAGACGAGAAACUUCCACUUGGAUACCCAUUUUAAAAUACAACAAAGAACAGAGUGAAGAUGGCAGCUACAAGACUGAAUACGAGACGGGCAACAAUAUCAUACACGAAGAGACCGGAUUUCUAAAGGAUUUCUCUGAAGUCAAUCCAAAUGGAGUGCUAGUACAACAUGGUCAAUAUUCUUAUCAAUCACCAGAAGGUGAAACCAUUAAUGUUCAAUAUACAGCCGAUGAACAUGGUUUCCGGGCCACAGGCGAUCAUAUACCCACACCUCCAGCUAUACCCGAUGAAAUUCAAAAGGGUUUAGAUCAAAUCUAUGCAGGCAUCAAAUUGCAACAGGAGCGCUUGGAACAAAGAGCCAAAAGUGAUCCAGAAUUUGCCAAGAGAUUAGAGAAUCAACGUCAGGCUAAUCAAAACGGUCAAUAUGUGGGUCCUUUAGAAAACCCCUAAACAUUUUGAUAAACCUUUUACACCCACAACUAUUGUUAAAUCCUACUGAUUACCUUUUGUUUUCAUAACUUGUUGAAAAUUCAUUUCAUCUAACAAUCCCUUGUCAUUUAUUAUGUAAAUUUAAUUAAACAAAACUUAACUUAAACAAUUAUUAUUUAAACUUAACACAAACAACACAAAUGAUAAAUUAACAAUAAAUCAAAAACCAAGUGAAAUGAAAAGUUUUCUUU